CUACGCAGCUGAAAUGGUGUGUGCCCUCCAGUUUCUCCACUGUAAUGGGAUUAUCCACCGGGAUGUCAAACCAGCUAAUGUCCUAGUGACCAGCGAGGGACAUGUAAAGGUUUGCGACUUUGGACUGGCGGUUGAGGGCAUAUUUGAAAAUGUGAAAGCCAGAGGAAUUGCAGGAACGGUUCGCUACAUGGCCCCAGAGGUCAUUUUAGAAGAGCAAUAUGAUGCAGGAAUAGACUGGUGGUCACUAGGCAUCAUACUAUAUGAGAUGGCCACCAAAUGCUAUCCUUUCUAUGAAAGCAGUGACGAAUUUGAAUGCAUGGAAGCCAUUCUCUGUGAGGAUCCCUACAUUCCAGAAUGGCUCAGUGAAGAUCUGCAAAAUCUCCUGCAACAACUUCUCAAGAAAGAUCCUGAGAAGAGACUUGGCUGCAAUGGCAACAUUCGGGAGCACCCAUUUUUUCAUUCAAUCGAUUGGGUGCAACUAGAAAAGCAGAAUGUGCCACCCCCUUCUGUCCCAAUGCCAUCAGUGGAUUUCGACGAGACAUAUGAAAAGCCUCUGUCGUUUUUGCAGUCCAUAAAACACAACAUCUCUUCAAGAAACGACAUACUGGAAUCCCAACUGGAGCAACCAAGCCAUUUCGCUAUCCAGCCUUACCCUGCAUAUUGGCCUAAUUUCAGCCACUACCAACACCCGUUACCAUCAGUUCCUGUUUCUUCUCUUUAUCACCAUUUAAGUCCUGUCAUCAGUCCCCCACCAGUUCCUGCCUUAUUCCCAUCAUCCCAUCACCACCAUGACCUGCCUUUUAAUUUUUAUUAACACCCCUUGGACUUUUCCAUCACCCCUGCCUCUGGCUAGUUAUAUUGAUCCACACU